GAUUAACGAAGCAGGAAAGUGGCCGGACGUGGUGGUACGGUGGUCCUUAACGGUGAGCGUGAGAGUAAUGCGCGAAGAAAGCCAUCAGCCGACCAGCGAACUAACAAAACAGCUCGGCGAAGGGCCGAGUGAAUUUUCACCAGCCGCACGGUUUCGCAUUCGGUCACCGCCGCUAGGAGCGCUCUCACGCUCCGGUUAUAUACAUUUAUAACCACUAACGGUAGUGGCGUUUUCUUUCCCUCCCAGCAGCACCCGAAUUCCUGGCCACUGGGCAAAGUUUUACCCUGGAAACAAAGUUUCCGUUUUUCUCCGGUGUGGGGUGUGCAUUCGCCAAAAUAGGGCAAAACACAGCAAAACCCAGCAGGGAGGUUCGUCGUCUGAAGACGCUCACAGAAUAGAAAAAUAGUGGAAAACGCGAGUGACUGAUAUUCGAGCUAGUGGUACUGGUGCUAGUGUGUGUUCAGUGCAAGGGAGCAUUGGCUCGUGGGUGUGAUGUGUGGGCACAGUGUGCAGCUGGGCAGUGGCGGCACGCAAUGUACCGGAGAUCCGCGCAGCUCAGAAUGAGGAGGGACCCGUGCCGAGUGCAGAAGUGUGCGCAGCAGCAUCAGUCACGUCGGUCGUGUCAGCCGGGUGCGGUUGUGUUGAGCGGUGGUGGUAAGCUUGCCGGUGCGUUGGUAGCUGUAGACGGCGUCGCUCGUGACGCCCGACGUCCCACGACCAUCCGGUGUGUGCGCAAUCGAAUCAGUCGUCAAUGAGUCACGUUCGUUACAACCAGAGACUUCAGGAGCCGUACGAGCAGGAGUGGCAGCAGCAGCAGCAGCAGCAGCAGGAGCACGAAGAGUGGUACCGUGGUAGUAGUGAGCGUAGUAGCGAGGACCGCUCUAGGUCGUCGCAGCAGCUGCGGCAACAGCUGCGGCAACACCAGCAACAGGAGGACGAGGAUUCGAUCGAGGAAGUGGUACGGUUGCACCAGCAACAGCUUCAGCAGCAGCAGCAGCAGCAGUAUUCGGGGCCGGGCACCUCGUCAGUUCGCCGACGUUCGGCCGGUGUGCAAGUAGGGGGAGGAGGCGGCGGCGGCGCGCUUGGUUGUAGCGGGGGUGCUGGGGGACGGGGCUUCGUUGCGGCGGUUGGCGGUGUUGUCGGGCAGGGAUUCCUUGCACUACGGCGGACGCGGGUUCGUGCCGGUUGCGCCUCAUAGCACGGCCGGAACAGCGCUGCCAACAGCCACAGCCCGAAGCUAGUCGUCGUUUCACGCGCCCGACGUAGACUAAUGCAGUGGCGGAAGUUCGCACGGCUGAAAACGACUGCUACCGGACAUUCGCGGACGCGAAGAAUGCUUUGUUGUGGCCGAAGAAAGGAAAAUGGAAGAUCUGUGCCUGACCUCACUGCAAGCCCCGGGCGGGCACCGCCGGGUCCGAUGCCUUCCCACCAGGCGCAGGCUCUCCAGCAGCAGCAGCAGCAGCAACAUCAGCAACAGGGCCUGCAGGGACACCAUCAGCAGCAGCAGCAACAGCAGCGGCAGGGCUCGAAGGAGCCCGUCCUGCUACAGGGUGACUUCCGGAAGGUGUCCGGCAUCAGCUCGGAGAUCUUCCGGCAGAUUGAGGCGGUGGAGAAUGACCACGAUCCGAGCACGGCGGCCGCUUUGGAGGUGGUGGAGCGGAGGGGCGAAAUGAUAGUGCGCAUCCUGGAGCCCAGAUGUAUGGGCAGCCGACAGGCCAUCGAAGCGGGCCAGAAGUUCCUCAACAAGAGUGACGCCAGACACACGGUUCAGCUGGUGGAGAUCGUCAAACGACCGGGCCAAACUCUGGGCCUGUACAUCCGCGAGGGCAACGGAGCCGACCGGUCGGAUGGCGUGUUUAUAUCUAGGAUAGCUUUAGAGUCGGCCGUUUACAACAGCGGCUGCCUGAGGGUUGGCGACGAGAUAUUGGCCGUGAACUUGGUGGACGUAACGCGGAUGUCGCUGGACGACGUGGUCAUCAUCAUGUCGAUACCGCGCCGGCUCGUACUCGCCAUCCGUCAGCGGCGCGGCAACCGGGGCUCCAACUCGCCCGGCCCGCCGCAGAUGUCCCGGCCGGAGCAGAAACCGCCGCCAGUGGUCGUGAUCAAGCGCGACCUGCGCGACGAGGACCUGGACGACUCGGAUCGGGCGCCGCGCUCCUCCCGCUCCUCGCGCGAGCGUCGCACCGGCGAUGGGCGCGAAAUGACCGAGUCGCGCUCCCGCCUGGGACUGGGCCUAAACAAUUACAGUCCGCAGAGCGAGCAGCUCGAUCUGUACUACGGGGCGGGCCGUGGGCCGGGCGGAGGCCCCGGCCCGGCCGAGACGCCCAACUGGGGAUACAAGCCGCCGGCCCCGCCCUCGUCGGUCAUCACGGAGCAGCCGAAGGGGAUGCACGGCGGCUUCCAGACGUCCCACUCCUACUACCAGAAUGCGGGCACGCUCGAGAGCCUCGCGGAGAAGGUGCACGCGUUCUACCCGUCGGCCACCACCAGCCGGCGCAUGUCGGCCGGCCCGGCCGGCGUCGCCAUGAGCCAGUCGCACCAGCGGUUCCCGCGCAGCGGCUCCGACCAGCACCUGCCGCGCGUCGAGUACGCCGACUACGCUUCCCUGGGGCGGCAUCCGCUGCUGGCCCGCUCCAGCCUCAAGUCGGAUCUGGUCGGGGCGGCCCCGAUUGCGGGCGGCACGCUCGGGCGGUACGGGCGGUACGAUGCGCCGCCGCCGCAGCCCCGCGCGCCCAAGUACGGCCCGUCGCCGCUCGGCGCGACCGGUUCGCUGCAGCGCCGCUCCCGCCCCGCCCUGGACUACUCGAGCGACACGGAGGCGACGAUCGGGCCGCGGCCCAGCUACUACUACUACAACCAUCCGGCGAUGGCGGCCAGCGGCACGAUGGGAGGGCGCGGCAGCACGCAGGCCCUCGGCGGAGGGCCCGAGUUCGCCAAGUUCAACUCGCUGCCGCGCGAACGGCCCGGCGCGACCCGGCUCGGCCUUCGCGGCCGCAUCACCGAUCGGCUGCAGGACGAGGCGGACGGGAACGUGUCCGCGCCGGAGUACUCGCUGCCGAUCCGGCGCGACAUUCGCGAUCUGCGCAACCGCAUCACGGCCAGCCCGUCCAUCUUCACCUCGGACGAGUACCGGGCGUGGCUGCGACGGGCGCCGAGCAGCUCGGCCAUCUGCGAGCAGAUGCGGGCGUCGCGCGACCUGCUCAACCAGCAGCGCGCCCACCGCUUCUCGUGCAGCGCGGAGAACAUCCACGACGUGCUGAAGAACACCGAGCACAUCUACAGCAGCCGGACCGGGCUCGGCAUGGGCGGCGCGGGCGCAGGGGGUGGAGUGGUCGGAGGCACGCUGGAUCGCCACUCGAUGGCGGCCGGCGGUCCGCGCAUGUCCUCGCUGCCAGUGCGCUCGCUGUCCUCGCAGCAUAUCGGCGGCCCGUCGUCGAUUCGAUCGCCGAGCGUGCGGCGCAUGCGACAGCUGCUCGAGCUGACGCAGGGUGCGGGCGUGGGCGGCGUGCCGGGCUCGGUCGUGGCAGCGCUGACCGGCCACCAGAGCCCGGCGCCGACGCCCAGCACGACGCUGCCCCGGGCGCACCGCCAGAUCGACAUCAAUCCGGCCGAGUACACCAAGUACAAGCUGGACAAGCCGGUGGUAGACGCGGUCGGCAUGUCGGGCAUGCUGUGGAUCCACCUGCUGGCCGGGCGGGGACUGCGGGCGAUGUCGGAAACGUCCCAGAUCCAGCAGCCGCUGAUCCGCGACCUGUACUGCGUGCUGGAGUGCGACCGCAUUCACAAGGCGCGCACGGUCGUCCGGUCCGGCGAUCUGCAGUUCGACUGGGACGAGUCGUUCGAGCUGGACCUGGUGUGCAACAAGCAGCUGGACGUGCUCGUCUACUCCUGGGACCCGCAGCACCGGCACAAGCUGUGCUACCGUGGCGCCCUUUCGCUCACGACCCUGCUACGACAAUCACCGAUCCAUCAGCUAGCGCUAAAGGUUGAACCGAGAGGCACCAUCUAUCUGCGACUGCGGCACACGGAUCCAUUCCAGCUGUUCCGGCGCCGCGGGCUGCCAAGCCUCCGGGGCAACGUGCCCGCGCUGUUCGGUGCCGAUCUCGAGACGGUGGUGACGCGCGAAUCGAAGGGAGCGCCGGGCUGUGCGCCGGUCCCGAUCAUACUGCGCCGCUGCGUCGAGGAGGUCGAACGGCGCGGCCUGGACAUUAUCGGGCUGUAUCGUCUCUGCGGUUCCGCCACCAAGAAGCGACUGCUAAGGGAGGCGUUCGAGCGGAACAGCCGCGCCGUGGAGCUGACACCGGAGCACGUGCCCGACAUCAACGUCAUCACGGGCGUGCUGAAGGAUUAUCUCAGGGAGCUGCCGGAGCCACUGUUCACCAAGUGUCUCUUCCAGAUGACGGUGGACGCCCUAGGUAGUGUCUGCCUGCCGGACGAUCCCGAGGGUAAUGCCAAACUCAUGCUCAGUAUUCUGGACUGUCUGCCACGAGCGAACAGGGCCACCCUCGUGUUCCUGCUCGACCACCUGUCGCUGGUCGUGUCCGCCGCCGAGCGCAACAAAAUGUCGGCCCAGGCGCUGGCGACCGCCCUGGGACCACCGCUGAUGCUGCAUUCGGCGAGCGUCGGCGCCAACGAGGAGAUCGAUCACGCACAACCGAUCGCGGUGCUGAAGUACCUGCUGCAGAUCUGGCCCCAGCCGGGCACGGGCACGGGCGCUCCCACUUCAGGUCGGCGCGGCGAGCCAGUCGAGCCGCGUGGAAACAAAGCCAGUGCGUUGCAAGCGGGCAAGUCGGCGGCGCUGCAGCAGCAGCAGCAGCAGCAGCAGCUGGGCAGCACCAUCAGCCACCGCAGCAGCAGCAGCUCCAACAUCCAGCAGCAGCUGCGCAGCACCAGCAGCACCAACUUGGCGGCCACCAGCAGCUCCAUCAGCUCCAGCAUCAGCAGCACCAGCAGCAGCAUCAUCAGCCGCAGCCCGCACGCCCUGGCCAGCAGCAGCAGCAGCAGCAACAUCCAGUCGUCGGUACCACCGUCUAUACAGCCCCGUACAGCAGCCAACAAUCCAUCAACCACAUCCUCAACGCUCGGUCAGCAUCUGCUCUCAGCCACUCCCAGCACUCUUCAGUAUCAAUCAGUAGUGGCUCAGUUAGCUCAAUCGCAUCGAGCCUUGCAACAAGCGGGCCAACAGCCCCAUCCAUCGGAGGUCUCAGCGGGCUUGGCGGAGCGCGUCCAAUCGCCACAUCACGCCACACCCUCCCCAAGCUCUAGUUCCACUUCGUCCGCGUCCGGUUCUGGGUCGGGUACUGAUACAAUUAAACGUGGAGCAUCGCCCGCCUCGGUGAAGUUCAAGGAGUCUACCAGCAACUAUUCGCUCAAGUCGGACACGCAGAGCCGCAUUCUGGGCGGCGCGAGACAACACUCGCAACAACCAUCCUACACGACCGCGGGCGGCGCCAGCAUCAGCAGCAGCAACGGGGGCAAUGGUGCGUCCGCUACCGGGGCCACCUCGUACGACCUGCUGCACGCCCGCACGGGCGGCCUGUUCGCAUCCAGUGCCGGUACCGACUACCUGUCAUCGACGUCCUCGAUCGCGUCCUCGAUCGCUUCGUCGGCGGCCGGUGCCGGUGCCGCCACCUCGGCCGCCGGACUGUACGGUAAGGUGGGUGGUGGUGCGGCCGCCACUUCCGCGCCGCUGACCAGCACGCUCAACAUCACCACGUUCAGCUUGGACGAGAAGAACAACCUGGUCGUGUCGCCGUCCCCGUCGUCCGCCUCGGAAUCGUCGUACCGGUCGUCCAGCCCGGCCUCCAGCAUCCAGCGCGACAAGUCGCCGAACAAGUCGUCCGGCUCGCCGUCACCGUUGCGCCGCCAGGAUCCGCUCGACCGGGCCGACAGUUUGCCAGCGACCGGGGCGACCUCGGGCUCGGGCACGAGCGCUGCAUCGACGGUCGCCGCCACGACGGCAUCGUCCGGCGCCGGCUCGUUCAUGUCGUCGCUGCGCAGCCAAACGCUGGGCAGCUACCAGUUCCCCUCGACGAGCCUCAAGCUAACCAGCCAGCUGAGCAGCGGAUCGUCGGGCCAGGAUGCAUCGGACGAUGGCAGCACAUCGUCGCUGCUGCGCAAGCUCACCUCCUCGCUGUCGCGCACGAUCGUAAGCAAUACGGGCACGUUGCCGCUGUCGCUCGGCCGCGAGAAGCUGGCGGAGCUGUCCUCGACGGCUGGCGGUGGGACGGGAGCGACCACGGGCAGUGGCUCGGCAGGAGCGUAUUCGAGCAGUAGCGGCAUUGGCAGCAUCAGCAGCAGCAUCAGCAGCAGCAUCGGCAGCAGCAACGCUAGCGGCAGCGGUCUGCGCACGAUGAGCACUUCGCUGGGCUACUCGGGCAUUGGCGGCGGCGCGUCGGCACUGGACGGUGGUGCCGGUGGGGAGUGGGGCAGGGGGUUCGUCGUCUGGCUCCAGCUCGGUCACGACAGCGGCGGCCGUCACGAGCAUGAACAUCUACGGCACACUGCCCAAGAACUCUUCCAUCUACUCGUCGUACGGGGUCGGUUCGGGCACGUCCGUGAGUGGCUCGUCGGGCAGCGGGCUGUCGGGGCUGCUGUCCGGUACGACUAGCUCGUACGGCAUCAGCGAGCGGCUGAGGGCGCUCACGUCGGGUGGUAGCGUUGGGGAUGGAGCGGCCGACCGGUCCACCGGGGGCGUUGAAAGCGCUGGCGGUACCGGCUCAUCC